AUGUUUGAGGAAAAGUUGAAAAGCCGAAAAAAGGCUAUUGAAGACGCUAUUACUUUAGACAAGAAAAGAGCGGAUGCAGAAUCGGCCGAAGCCAAGGCGAAAGCUGAGAAACUUCAAAAAGAAGCAGACGAAAAGGCAGCACAGACUGCAAAGGACAAAGCGGAUAAAGAAGCGGCUGACAGCAAGUCUAAGUUGGAGCAAUCAGCAGCGACAUCAGCACAAGGCUUGGAAGAAUAUAAGAAACAUUUCGCGAAAAUCGAGCAUUAUCAGAAAAAUAUCAGACCUAAAUUGGACGAUCCAGCAUUUAGCAAGUUGUGUUAUCCACACAGAAUAACUUUAAAUAAGUCAACUAUUCAGUUACAAUUUGACCAUCCAACCAUUCUAGUAAAAUAUACCGCUGUCUUUAAUUGCCUAAUGGCCAUGAAACAAAAAUCCAACGAUGCUUACGAGGUGUUAUUAAACUAUUUGGCUAAAGUGAUAUUAAGGCUGGUAAAGAAAGAGGGUAUCCCUACGCCUUACGCAAUUUACUACUUGGCCAGAUAUUCUUACUUGCUCUGUGCAACCGUUCCAGAAUUCAUGGAUUAUCUUUUAGGCCGUCUUAUGAAGCGAUGUCCUUACUUGAUUCCACAAUACCACGAUGAAGAUAACGUGUCACUAGAGGAAGGGUUAGCAUUGCGUAGAUACGGUUAUAGUGACAAAGUAAAACGUGUCCGAGAAAAUUUCAGUCAACAUCUGACAACACAAGAGUGCUAUCUCAAAUUCUAUGGCGCACUUUGUCAGACGGUACCAGACCCUGGACAGCCUGCUAAUCCUUAUCCGAUCAAACACGCAUGGAUUUACCUGGCCAGAAUCUGUAAUAUGCCCUUGAGAGAAAUUACUCCCGCUCUAAUCAUUUCCCUUCUUGAUUAUGCGGGUCAAUCCUUACUCGAUGCUUACCCUCACCAAACACCGAAAUUGUUCCGUUUGAUGCAAAGUGUUAUCUUGCCUAAUUUCCCCAAAAGAGAUCCUGAUAAUAGUGCGGCUAUCAGUAGAGUGGGCCAGACAUUGGAAGAGUAUUUUAAAACCGGAAAAGUCAAACGCGUAGCUGAGACAGUUACAUUUGAGCAUCGCAAGUAA